AUGCCCCCCAAGGCUCAGAAGACUCCCACCACCGGCGGCAAGGCCCCCGCCGGCAAGGCUCCCGCCGAGAAGAAGGAGGCCGGCAAGAAGACGGCCGCUCCCUCUGGCGACAAGAAGAAGCGCACCAAGUCCAGGAAGGAGACCUACUCCUCCUACAUCUACAAGGUCCUCAAGCAGGUCCACCCCGACACUGGUAUCUCCAACCGCGCCAUGUCCAUUCUCAACUCCUUCGUCAACGACAUUUUCGAGCGCGUCGCUACCGAGGCCUCCAAGCUCGCUGCCUACAACAAGAAGUCCACCAUCUCCUCCCGCGAGAUCCAGACCUCUGUCAGGCUGAUCCUCCCUGGUGAGCUUGCCAAGCACGCCGUGUCGGAAGGCACCAAGGCCGUCACCAAGUACUCUUCUUCUACCAAAUAG